AUGACGUCACUAGGUCGAAGGUGAAAUCCAGCAUGGUGAUGCUAGGGGAAAGCUAACAGAAGCAUGCGAAUGCGUCAAAGUUAAUGAAAUUUGUAUUUUUGUUUGGUUCUUUUGGGAAACAUGACGUCAAAAGACAACAGCUCUUCGGAGCAUGCGCUAAUCAAUUUGAUUUAUCGGCAUUUAAAGGAGAAUGGAUACAAGAAAGCUGCCAGCGCGCUCAAAAAACAUGAUCCUCAGGUAAAAACUACGACCGUGAAAGUGUCACUCGGUGAUAUAUUCGAGAAAUGGACGAGUGAGAAAAGGAAGAGUGACAAACACAAUUAUUUGUGUACAAGUUCAGUGCCUAAACCAGCUGCAAAUGCAACACAUCACACCAGCUCUGAUAAGAAGGUGAAAUCCCAGACACAAACUGCAGCAAGAACAACAGAACAAAUCUCUACAGGUUCAAGAACAGAAGAAGAUUCUGACUCAGACUCCAGUUUGGAUGUUGAGAAAUGGAAGAGACUGGCUUUACAGCUAUCAGAUUCUGAUAUUGCAAAGAUGGAUAUUAUUACAAAGGUCAGUACAUCUACUGCCAAGGCUCAGAAGAAGCGAACGCCAGCACAACCUAAAAAAAAACAAGACCAAACAAUAGAAAAUGGCAAACCUUCACCCAACAAAUCAAAAGCUAAAAGCUCCUCCAAAAAAUCUGACAAGAUUAAAACUCCUUUAAAGCCACCAGCUUCAAGCAUUUGUGAAUCUGACAAAGUUAAAACUCCUCCUAAUAAAGCCAUCGUUGCAGAACAUAAUGUGUCGAGUCCUCAAAGUAAAAUGGUUACCAGUCUUUCUGAUCAGGUUGCAAUCCCUAAGACAGAUGUAAGUGAUGCACUUUCAGAGUUUAACAAAAUUAAGAUUAAACGCAAGAAAUCGCAUAGUCUCUCUGAAUCGGAUAGCAACAAAACUCCAAGUAAAACAGCUAAAAGUGAGAAAACAGAAGAUUUCUUAGAACCUAAACCAACUGAUGGUCUACGUAAGAAAAAAAAAUCAAAGGCAGAUGUUAAAGUUACAAAACCUGAAAGUUUAGAAACAACUUCUAGUUCUACAUAUCUGGGGGUUUCUAUGCAAAAAUCUCAGUGUGGUCUAGAUUCAGUUGAACUGUCUGAAUCAAACAGUUCGGAAUGUGUCUCACUUUCUGACCCAGCUGAAACCCCCACUCAGAAAUCUAAAUCUAAGAAAUCCAAGAAAUCUAAAGAACCUGGAGAUAUGGCCAUGCCUUCUGAAGAAGGCCAGAUCAAGGGUAACAAUGAAACAUUUCAGAAAUCAUCUAAGAAAGCGAAGAAAAUCUUAUUUGAGGAAAUUGGGACUGAAAAGCCAUCUAAGAAAAUAGAAAUUGAAGUUGCUACCAGCAUCUUAGAACCUCUCAGUUCAGAGACGCCAUCCAAAAAGUCUAAAACCAAGAAAGGUUUGGAAGCUAAUCAUCUUGAUUCUCAAUCCAAAAAGGAUGUUGCAGAUGUAACGGAAGUCGAGGGCUCAAGAAACAGCUCUUCAAAACCAGAUCAUAUCGAAAACCUUUCAAAAAAGAGUAAAAGAAAGAGAACUGACAGCUCUGGAGAAAAAGAGACUUCAGAAUGGGACAAUUCAGAAGUGGCCAAUAAUCUCGGAAAAAGUUCUGAAGGUCAAUGCGAAGAAAGUGUUUCAGCAGUGGAGGAGAAUGAAAAUCCAGAGCCAAGGAAGAAAAAGAAAAAGAAAAAAGAUAAGGAGAAGCAGAAAACUGAGAGUGAUGAAAACGCUGAAGAUGUUCCACCAACACCACCAGCGGAGGAUUUUCCAGAUCCCCUGCCGAGCAUUCAGAAGAAACAUAAGAAGAAAAAACAUAAACACAGAGACGAGGAAACGCCAGCCAUGCUCACUCCUGCCUCUGAAGAAGACUCUCCAAAAAAGAAAAAGAAAUCUUCAAAGAAGAAGGAACAAGCUGAUGUGUAAGAAUAGGGUCUAAAAGCAUGACCUGAUCUAUCCUGGGAAGAAGAUAGACACAUAAAUAAUAAUAAGAAAUAUUUUUAAUGCCAUCCUUCAUCUGUUUAUGAUGUUAUUGUUUCAUGUAUCUUAAAUGUAAUGUUUUAAAUGACGAUUUUUUUAAAUGCUUUUUUUAUUAUAAGAUUGCUAUAAUACAUAGAAAUCUUAUCAUUAAAACAUUCAAGUAUUUCCUUAAUGAUGAGUUAGACACUGUUAUACACAUGAUCUGUAAUUCUCCUAAAUUUUUUUAUAAAUAUAAUUUGGUACUUGUGGUGUUGUGUGAUCUGAUUUGUGCUGAUUUCAGAGAAAUAAUCCCAAAGGUUUAUAUUUUAGGGCUUGAAAUGAACAGUCAUUGUAAACUUUUGUUUGUCAAACCAAAAAAAAACGACCGAAACAAAAAAGAAGUUCUCUAUUUGAGUUUUC